AUGCCUGCCCUAACAAAAGCUCAACUGAAGCAGGUUCAGGCUGUGGAGGACUCAUUCAACCGGACAUAUACUUCACAGUACGGUGUUGAAAGAUGGGAGGGUUCAUUGCGCCACGCUUUGACAGCGCCGACCCGGUACGCUGUGCUUAUCAACCGUUACGAAUCAGACAAUAUACCUAGCACAUUCACAGAGAACGACAUGAAUGACCUGCAACUAAUCAACUUUGAAACCGGUGAUGAUUUUAUAACACCAGGAUCAGAGCCGCGUCUAAUCUCGUACCAAAGGUCUAUCACAGCAGAGACCUCAGAAUCCUCAGCCUCUGAAGCACCAUUCCCAGCACCACAAGCUAUAUCUAGUAAAGAAACGACCACUCCUCUAAUGACACACUGGAACCUAGAUGCGGCCUCACUGCUUGCAGUCAGUAUUCUGGCUCCAAAGCCCGGCGACAAAGUGCUGGAUCUCUGUGCUGCGCCUGGUGGAAAGAGCUUAGCUGCAGCACAGCUACUGCGCCCAUCAAACUUUGACCCGGCAGCCCCUUCACUACUCGGUGGUUGUCUUCACAGCAAUGAGAUCGACAACGCAAGAAACAAACGCCUCGCGUCCAAUCUACAGUCGUACUUGCCGGCUCAAUUUUUCAAUACUGGCGAGGUCAAGGUGCUUAAGCUGGAUGCGACCAGCCCCAAUGCUGCGCAGUCGCUACCGCUGGGGACUGGAGGCUAUGAUAAAGUCCUCUUGGAUGCCCCAUGCUCAAGUGAGAGGCAUGUCCUCCAUGCACAUUCGAAGGCAAAAAGAGGGGGUAGGGUCGCUGAUGAGAUGGCCUCAUGGCGUUCCGGGCAGUCCAAAAAGAUCGCGAAAAUACAGGCGGCCAUUCUUAUGACUGCCCUGCGUGCUGUAAAGAUCGGCGGUAAGGUUCUCUACGCUACAUGUUCGUUGAGCAACGAAGAAAAUGACGCAGUGAUCGAGAAGGGCAUAGAGCUUGUAGCAAAAGAGCAGAAAAAGUAUGGCACCAGGUGGAACGUAGCAGUCAGGAGGGGUGACUUGGCUGGAUAUGGGCUUGAGGAGUGGGCCGAAUGUACGAGACACGGCUGGAUUGUUCUACCGGAUCACCCGAGCAGAGGACGGUGGGGGCCACUGUUCUUCGCUGUCUUGGAAAAAGUCGCUGCUUGA